GUAAAAUUUGAACUUUAUUAGUAAUGGAAGUAGUGAAACGCGCUAAAGAAAGAUUCAGAAAGUAUCCGGCAUUGGUAGCUGAAUGUCGUGAGUUAGGUGCACAGUAUGCAACUUGCGUAUUAAGCAAGAGAGAUGUAAAAAAAGAUGAUUGCAAAGAAGAAUUUGAAAAAUUCAAGGCAUGCCUUCUGAAAGCAGCUGCUAGAAAUAAGACGAGACUGUAAAUUUUGAUUCCC